AUGUCUGCCGUCGCAGCAUCCACCGGCUCUCCCAACGAACGCCGCGCUUCGGCUUCCAGGAGUUUCUCGCAGUCUCAGGACGAGAACACGAAGCUUCCAGAUGAGAUGUCUCCAGACUUGCAGAAGGACGUUGAGCCGCCCUCGCAAAAGCAGUCCAUCAGCGCGCUCAAGACGUCCAAGUUGGCGAACCAGAACUACUCAAAGGUCAAGAUGAACGAGGCCAUGGCCGCUGUUGAUGCCUACAACAUGGACAAGUUGUACGCCACGAUCCCCGAGUUGCCGCAGCCACGCAGCGUCGAAUCUUUCAAGACGUCGGACGAAGAAGUCAGAUUUCAUCGUGCCCUAGACCACCAGUCGUCAUGCAGUUCUCUUCCCAUUACGCCUGCUACGGAUGGGUUCCCUACGACCGCAUCUACGACUAGACCUGCUAGUACCGCGCUCAGCGACCGUCAGCCCACCAACGAUGAGGUUUUGCGUCUGAAGCAAGAGCUUGCGCAGGCCCAGACCAAGAUCUCACGACUGGAUCAAGAGCUGGCUCAGACUCGCUAUGUCACCCAGGACGGUGUAUGCACGACGCCAGGCCUAGGUGUUGAUCCCGACUUUCAGGCUGCCCGCGUUGCCACGGUAUCUCCGUCGGGCUCGCGACCCUCCAUGAAUGGAGCCUUCGGACAUCCUACCAAAAUGCCGUUUGGUCGCGACAACAACUGGGCGGCUCACGACAAUGCGCGCCCCGAUACUGGCGAUACUUUGUCAGACAUGUCGGCUGCAGGUCUCAACCGUUCUCGCGCCAUUUGGAACAACAGCAAAUCAUCCUAUAAUCCGAAUUUUACGCCAGGACCUGUUGCUGUUGUCGACGGCCCCCAGGCCACACCGUGGCAGAACAUGCGUGGAUCGAACCACGCUUACGAGCCCUCUUAUAUGCCUUCGGCAAUCGAGACCUAUCGGCCUGAGCGUAUCAACAAUGAUCACGACAUGAGCCGUCCCAUGGGCCGUCGUGGAGGCAACAGAUAUGAUAACCGUCUCGGCUCCUCCAAUGCUUACGGUGGUUACAAUGCGUACAACAUGGGGCCUGGCCAUUACGAAGCUCCUGCACCUGCUCCUGCCUAUCCAGGAGGCCCGCCUAACACCAUGGCGGGGGCCGCAAGCAUGAACAUGUAUUCAGCCUACCCACAGCCGCCGGUUGUAUCUCCGCUCUCUCCGCAUGCCACCGAAUUCAAUGUUGCAGGAGUACCUUGGAAGACAGAGACCGUGACUUCGGAGGGGCAAACCUAUUUGCCGGCUACGGAGCCUCUGAACUAUCGGCGGCUGUUGGACCGCAACGUCACUUGCGACUGGAAGUACAUCGUCGACAAGAUUGUUUGCAACAACGACCAACAGGCUUCUAUCUUCCUUCAGCAGAAGCUCAAGGUUGGAACACCUGAGCAGAAGUACGACAUUGUUGAAGCCAUCGUCGCACAGGCCUAUCCCUUGAUGGUCAAUCGGUUUGGCAACUUCCUUGUUCAGCGCUGUUUCGAACAUGGCACUCCUGAGCAAGUCAUCAAGAUUGCCGAGGCGAUCCGCGGAAACACUCUGAACCUCUCUAUGGAUCCCUUCGGUUGCCACGUCGUUCAGAAGGCAUUCGACUCUGUCCCUGAAGAUUACAAGGCUAUCAUGGUCCACGAGCUUCUGCGCAGGAUUCCAGAGACGGUUAUUCACCGUUACGCAUGCCACGUGUGGCAGAAGCUGUUCGAGCUGAGAUGGACCGAAUCCCCUCCGCAGAUCAUGAAGUACGUCAACGAUGCUCUUCAUGGUAUGUGGCAUGAAGUUGCAUUAGGCGAGACUGGCAGUCUUGUUGUCCAAAACAUCUUUGAGAACUGUUUGGAGGAAGACAAGCGUCCCUGCAUCGAGGAAGUCCUUGCCAACAUCGACAUCGUCGCCCAUGGGCAAUUUGGCAACUGGUGCAUUCAGCAUAUCUGUGAACACGGUGCUCCCGCAGACCGCAGCCGUGCCAUCGAUCAUGUCAUUCGCUAUGCAGCUAAGUACAGCAUGGACCAGUUCGCCUCAAAGGUUGUUGAGAAGUGCCUCAAGAUUGGAGGUCCCGAGUUCUUGGGUCGCUAUCUGGAUCGCGUCUGCGAGGGCAGACAUGACCGUCCCCGCAUCCCGUUGAUCGAUAUCGCCAGCGACCAGUAUGGCAACUACCUCAUCCAGUACAUCCUGACCCAUGCCAACCCUCAGCACCGCGAGAUCGUUGCUGCUCAUAUCCGGAAGCACAUGGUCUCCCUUCGCGGAUCAAAGUUCGGCUCCCGCGUCGGCAUGCUCUGCACCAAUCAUGCUGUUGCUACUCGUCCUGGCCCUGGUGUUGGCCCUACCAUGGGAGGCCGCAUCGCACCUGGUCCUCGUUUCAAUGGAACUUAUCAUCGUUGA